GGGGAUCCUGCCAAUGAGCAGCCGGAGCGUGCUGAACCACAGCCAGCAGGUGGGGGGUCCGACGGGGCAGUCGGGUGGGAUGGGAGGAGUGGGAGUGGAGAGGGGAGGUGGCGGCGUGGGAGGAGGACGGAGCAGCAGCAUGGGGAGUCCCAGCCGGUCGUCACCAAGCAUCAUCGGCAUGCCCAAACAGCAGCAAGCACGGCAGCCGUUCACUAUCAACAGUAUGUCAGGGUUUGGUGUGAACAGGAAUCCAGGCUACAACAUGAACAACUCCCUAUCCAACAACAUCUUCAAUGGCACAG